AAUGUGUUGAACUACCUCUGCGCCCCCCCCCCCUCUCCCCCUAAGUCAAAGCCAUUAUUCAGCACUACAGCACUCUAUGGUCUGAGAAGACACGCCUCCACAGGAAGCAGGAUGUUUACAGGGUCCACCAAGAACCCGCCUCCAAAAUCACCUCAGCCUGAGAGGCUGGACGAGGUGUAUGCAGCCUUACGGAGAGGCCUGCAGUCUUACUUGCAGGUGCACCAGCUGGAACUGGACAGUCUAGGUCAGCAGAUCAGAGAGAGCAAGCGGAACGGACGGCUGGGCUUCCUGUAUGAGCUAGACAAGCAAGUUAAAGCCAUAGAGAGAUUCAUGCGCCGCUUGGAGUUCCAUCUCAGCAAGGUGGAGGAGCUGUACGAUGCGUACUGUCUGCAGCGAAGGCUCCGUGACGGAGCCAGUAAGAUGGUGGCUGCCUUCAACUCUGCCAGCAAUAGCAAGGAGGCCCGCGAGAGUCUGAGUGAAGCUACUAGAGGCUACCGGGAGUACACUGAGCACAUGUGUUCUUUGGAGUGUGAGCUGGAAGGCCAGAUGGGAGAAUUUAAUAUCAAGAUGAAGGGUUUGGCUGGUUUUGCACGUUUGUGUGCGGGAGACCAGUAUGAGGUUCUGAUGCGUUUUGGCCGCCAACGAUGGCGUCUGCGGGGCCGUGUGGAAGUCGGCAGCCGACAGGUGUGGGACAGUGAGGAAUAUGUUUUCCUGCCCCUCGUCACGGAGAUGUUGUCAAUCAAGGUGACCGAGCUGAAGAGCUUAGCUAACCACGUGGUGGUGGGAAGCGUGUCCUGCGAGACCCUGGAGCUGUUCUGUCCUUUGCCGCAGACAGUUGCCGUGGAUAUCAACAACCUGGGAACAGUCAAGUUGAACUUGGAGGUCACCUGGAGCCCUUUCGACAAAGAUGACCAGACCUCCUCCGCUAGCACUGUCUCCAAGCGGUUCCUAUCCAAUCAGAGCCCUCCAGACACACCAUCAAUGCGGGAGCAGGUGUUUUAUUCAUUGCUGAAGAGACAGGGAGAACUGGAGAACGGAACCGUCUGGUCCAACUCCUCAGAAUCCUCGGACGACUCGUCCAGCCCCGCCAUGGGUCAUCAAGCCCACAGGAUGAUGGCUUCCCACACUCUUCAGACCACACCAACCAUACAAAUCUCCUUCACCCCUCGCCAAUCAAGCUCCUCCAACCCUUCACUCUCCUCCAAUAAGGAGGACGAGGAGUGUGACAGCGCGGAAGGGUCUGGAGAGGUGGACUCAGGGAAGUGGGCAGUGCCAAACGGAAUUUUACAGUGUUCUCGGUCUCUCUGCAACAUCAAUGAGACUGGAAAACACUCUACGUUGACUGAAAGGGCAUUAGCUCAAACAUCUAGCUCAUCCAUAACCAGAGAAACAGCAGGCCAAACACAUCCUGAGGCAUCCUGUUUUGUCCAGAAGCCUGAAGCCUUGAACUUGUCUGAGUGUGGGGCCCUAGGUGAUCUGGUCCCUGCCUCAGCAAUACAGAUUGCAAUAGAUGCUGCAGCUGGAUUAGAGGCUGCAGCCAAAGUCGAAGUUGAUGUUAAAGCUGGGACCAGCAACAGUGCAGUGACAGUGGAGCUAAGGGAAGGGCUAUCUUCCAAAGAGGACCACCAAUCAAUUCAGUCACAAGAACUGGGAAAGGAAUUAAGGCAACCAGAAGAGAUCCUGACAGGUCGUUCUCACAGUCGCUCCUCCAGUUUCAGUCAGGAGGUUGAGACAGCCCUGGAAAGUUUUGACUUCCUCAACUGCUCUGACAUGGAUGAUGAUGAAGAGGAGGAAAGGGGCCAGGACCAGGAAGCAGAACAGAGAGAAGACUAUUCUGAGAGAAGGUCAGACUGUGAUGGUGUGGAGGAGCUGGAGAUCUUCAUGGAGGCCCCUGAGGGAUUUCGGAACUGUGACUGUUCACCUGUAGAGGAUGACUGUAGUUCCCCAACACAGGUAGACUACACAGAGCACCUGAAGGCCUCCAUCCAGGAGGAGCAAAAGGAAGAAGAUCAGAGGGAAGAGAAGGGUCACGAGGAGGAGGAGGAGGGGAAGGAGGUGAACCAUAAGGACAGAGAUGAUGAAAAGGAGGUUGAGGAGGAGCUGGAGCAAGAGCCAGGGGAGGAAUGUCAACAAAAGACUGGAGAGGUGGUGGAGGAGGAAGAGAAAGAGGAGAGGGCACAGGAAGAGGAGAAAAUGCAGGAAGGAAAUGAGGAGGAGCACCUGACAAAGCUUGCAGGUGAGGAGGCGUCCUGUGAAGAAGAGACACAACCGUCUACUUCCACCCAUCUUGCCACCACUGUCCUGCAACCAUAGAGAUUUCAGAGCCCAUCCACCCACCCCCAAGCGGUUCACACCACUGGUCACAUCCAGGUCAUUCCACUACCAGCUCAGACAAGCGAUAUCUAUCAUGCAGCUGGAGAUCGUGCUAAAUCUGAUACAUGGCCUUUCAUCCCCCACCUGCGGCUGACAAUCCUGAUCCAAAGUUAAAACAUACACAUGCGCACACACACACAUGCAUUUAUGUACACAAACAUUUACACACAAACCCAACAGUGGAACCAGACUUAAGUCUAUCUACAGAAACUCUUCAGAAAGUGCCUGGACUGAUGAUAUAGAAAGAUUGUACAGUAUAUCAUUAAAUACAUGAAUGAAAUGAACUUUUUAAGACAACCAGAGAGAAUUGUGAGCUCUCAAGAGUUUUCAUACAGUGUUUAUUUUCGGAUUGACUAACAGAUUGUCCAUCAUAAGAUAGCUAUAUACUGUUUCAUAUUACGAAAUGUUGGCCUAUGUCAUGCUUCCUGUUCUCAUAUGUUCAGUUUUGAUUAUAAAACCAUAUUGAUUAACUUGUUAUGUAUAUCAUUUCUAUUAAAAACAAGACAAGAACAUACUGGAUAAAAUAACCGAACACGAAGAGAUAGAAUAAGUGUAGUGUAGUCUACCAUUCAGUAAUAGAAACGAUACAACGCGUUUGCUGCAAAAAUUCACACAAGAUGCAAUGUGUAUCUGUGGGGAAUAUGUAGCAUAACAUGAUUGCACCUUGCACAUUAUUAACACACAAUUUAAGGCUGACAUGAGACCAUGGCCGACAGCACUCACAGCAGACAACUUUUGUCACGGAACAACAGGAAGUGCGUGCGUGCGUGCGCUCGUAUAGUUGGGA